GGUGAAAUAAUGGCGUAUUUUGAACAGCCGCAGGUUUCUCGGAUUGCCUUGGUUUGGAUUUAAACUUCAUGUUCCGAUGAGUUUUGAAAAUUCUGCACACGGUAAACAUCAGAAUAUCCUAGUCAUAGAUGCAGAGGGCUGGACGGCCAAUCAUCCUCGUCCAGAGGACAUCAUGGCGAAGUGGAGGCCGCUCAGCAGAGCACAGGCGGAGAGUGACCCGUGCAUCAUCAAGGGGGUGACCAGGCAGAAAUGGUCGGGUCUGGCUGUGAAGGCCUUUGGGGAGCAGAAAGGCGUUGUUGCAACCAAGGCCUUCGGGAAGGGCUCCAUCCUGUGUGAUUUCCACGGAAAGGUGAUCACAGGUGCUGAGGGCAGGGAGAUGGCAGAGACGCAGGACCAGCUGGGAAACCUGUUUUUCUUCAAACAUGGCCCUGACGAAAUCUGCAUCGAUGCGGAGACUUUCCCCUGUGAGUGCCACCCGUCUCUGGAAACCAUCGGGAGAUGGAUUACACACUCAAAGAAGAAGUGCAACGUGCAGCCAUGCCACUGCAUAGAGAAGCUUCAGGGGGGAGACAGGCAUGUCCUGCUCUUUCAGGCCACCACGGACAUUAAGAAAGAUGAUAAGAUCUGCUUCGACCACGGCAUCAAGAAGAGGACUUUUCGUGGGGAGGAAGAGGAGCUGGAGUGGCUGAACAUUUGAUUCUUUACAAUUUGUGUCACAUUUUAUGACACAAGACUAUGAACUAUCAAUGUUUUGUUUUUCAACUGUGAGCUCGCGAAUGAACUAUAGAUGUUUGGACAAAAUUGGGAGCUUGCGUAUGGACUUGAUGUUCAUGUAAAAGGAGCCUCAGUAGCGUCUAAACAUUGUAGUUUCAUGUAAAAGGAGCCUCAGUGUGACCAAUGAAAUAAUUGACCUUGAUCUACGUCCUGGAGCUGGAGUGGUUG